AUGUCGUCAAAUCGUCCCUUCUUCUCCAACUUCCUCGCGGCGUUCCGCGCUCAGUCUGCGAUACAAAAGGCCGCAAGCUCACAGUCGGCAGCGGCUGCGAGCUCAUAUACCCACAGCGCCUCCACACCGCAAAAUGCAAACCAGAACACUUCACGGCAAAUAACCACCAAAGCCGGUCCUCCCUCGCCAGGCGCCACGACUGCUGCGGUACAGGCCACCGGGCAGUUCCAGCCUACCAGACAACACGCUGCUCCGUACCACCGCUCGACCUCUCCCGCUCAGACCAAGGCUUUCCCCAUACCGGGAGCAUCAGCGAGAAGCCGGAGAGGCUCAGAUAGCUCCUCGGAGGGCUUUCACGAAGCCAUGGGAGCAGAGAAGUGGUACAUCGGCGGUCGCACAGCCGCAGGCGAGGAAAAGUUCUACAAGCUCGGCAUGGUGAAGCGCCACCGGAGUGUCGACAGGCUGAGCCUCGACCGACUCAGUAUAUAA